AUGAACGUUAAGACGUUCCCGGCCCUGGCCCUGGUUCUGGUCCUGGCUGUGGGUAUGGUGACGGCGACGGGCGCAGCCGGUGGCGGACGAGGCACAGUCGAUGUUGCUGGUCACAUGGCAGAGCUUGGCAGAUCAGGUCAGGCGCAAGUCACUCCGAGUCCGACAGCGUGCCCGGUUCCGCCGGGGCCUGGAGGAACGCCGUGCGGAUGGUACAUCGAGUGCUUGGGCAACGGGACGACCCAGCCGUGCGUGUUUAUCGAAAAGGUCAUGUACGGCAAGUGCUUGGCCUAUCUCCACCUCGAGCCCAAGCUGACGCCUGUCGGCCAGGCCUGGUCGCGCACAGUCCGCCCAUGUCUGGAAGUCACUCUUGCUAAAAAGGUGCUCAUCCCGGCCAACGGGAGCCUCGUUCCGUGCGACACGACCAUCGAUGCCUUCUUCAACGACCACAUUGGGUGCUACGUUGAUCCGGUCAACGCCACCUCGUUCUGUGACCUGCCCAACCACGACAAGGCCCUUGUCCUCGAGGAGGCCAUGUCCAUCGUUCUCUCCAAGUAUGCCUACGACUCGAUUGAGGCCGCGCUCCGGCUCCUCAAGGCCUGCGCCGACCAUCCCUCCCGCAACGAGCUUGUGUUCGUCAUUACCGCAACAGACCCGCCCGCCACUGUCGCCGCGCUGCACGCCGCCCCAGCGUCGACGCUGGCGUCGCUGUUGCCGUCGUCCAACUGA